AUGUCGAGAAGGGUUGAGGGCGGCAGCAGUAGCGCUCAACCCGGACAACAGCCGCAGCACCACUAUGUCGGCCCAUACAAACUCGGAAAAACAUUGGGAAAGGGGCAAACGGGAUUGGUGAAGAAGGCUACUCAUGUAGUGACGAACAAGCUUUACGCUAUCAAAAUCAUUAACAGGGAACACCUGAACGAAUCUGUACAGGCAAAAGUUGAGCGCGAAAUCGCCAUCAUGAAAUUACUGGAGCACCAGCAUGUUUUGAAAAUCGUCGAUGUUUACGAGAAUCGUAAAAAUCUCUAUCUGGUGCUGGAACACGUCGCCGGCGGCGAGCUGUUCGACUAUCUUGUGCGCAAGGGGAGACUGUCUCCACGCGAAGCGAACAAAUUCUUCAAGCAAAUUGUUUCCGCUGUUGAUUUCUGUCACCAGCACAAUGUCUGCCACAGAGAUUUAAAACCGGAGAAUUUGCUACUUGACAGCCAGAAUAACAUAAAGGUGGCUGAUUUCGGUAUGGCAUCGCUUCAACCUGCCGGAAAUAUGCUAGAAACAAGCUGUGGAUCACCUCAUUACGCUUGCCCAGAAGUUAUCAGAGGCGACAAAUAUGAUGGCACGGCCGCGGAUGUUUGGAGCCUCGGUGUUAUUCUUUUCGCUCUAUUAGUCGGAGCUCUUCCUUUCGAUGAUGAUAAUCUGCGAACGCUGCUUGAAAAAGUCAAGCGAGGUGUUUACCACAUUCCCCACUUUGUGCCAUCUGAGGCUCAGCAGCUCAUCCGGGGCAUGAUUUGUACAGAUACGAAAAAACGACUCACACUGAAGCAAGUUCUCAGCCAUCCGUGGAUGACGAAAGGCGGAGAACCGUUUGAAGGACCCAAAGUCGACCCUCGCACACAAGACAUUUACUUCACCAAUGAAGACGAGCUCGAUCCAGAUGUGAUGGCAUCUAUGUCGAGUUUAGGUUGCUUCAAAGACCGAGAACAGCUUGUCGCCAAGCUAUUAUCCAACGAGGAGUGCACAGAAAAAUACGUUUACCAGUUACUGCUGCGCAGAAAAGAGCGGCACCCGUCCAUGGAAGACGACGAGAAUCGUUUUGGCUACGACGUGUCCAAACUCGGCCAGGAUCGCCCGAGAAAAAGGACGGACUCAACGGCAAGUUUGAACAAGCUCGCUUCUGUCUCCAGAAAAAACUCGCUCAAUGGGAUGAACAACACGGGAUCAACUCCAUCUACACCGCAGAGGAGUUGCUCAACACACACGAACGUUGGCUUUACCGGGCGUGGAAGGUCGUCAAGUUCAUCGGGAGUGACGGGGGCAAGGACCCGUUUCUCCUGGUCCUCGGUGGCGACGCCGCGCACCAGUCCGAACCACUCGGCCAUUUCCACCCCACUGACUUCUGCCAAUUCCUCUAGAGCCAGUUCACCACCUAAUACGCCUAGCGGAGGAAGCUGGACAAAGAGAAUUUCAAAUUCCAUCAAAAACUCUUUUCUUGGGACGCCAAAGUUUCACCGGAGAAGGACCUCGAGAGACAGCUCUUCUGGGGAAUUAGACAAUAUGGGAAUGCACAAUUCGUCGUCGACAGACUCGGAGAAAAAGAGCUGGUUUAAAGAAGUUUGGAAUUCUGUCGGAAAUACGGACGGGAUCUACACACUGUACAUAGAAGCAGACGAUCUCCAGCGCGUCAAAAAUCGACUAGUUCAGGCAUUUUUGUACGUCCCGAAUCUGAACCAUUCCUUCCGGCACCACUCGCUCAUCGAAAUAUCGUGCAACGAUCCAUCUUCAAUUCCAUUUCAAAGUCAUAAGCCUUUCAAAGCGCAGGUCGAAAUCACGAGAAUACACAACAACCGUUUCCAAGUCAUAAUCAGACUAUUGUCUGGAAACACAAAGCGUUUCGCCCGGACCUGCGUGAAAAUUCAGCAAGUCGUCGAAGCUUACGAAAACCGCGCGCGCGCCCAGUAUCAGGAUCAGAAUAUGAACAUGGCCUCGGAAAUCUCGCGCGUCACUGCUGAAUUAGAAACAAUGUGUAAUAGCCUUCAAAAGCAGCCAGUCUACCGCCCAGUUUAA